CACAGCCGGACCGGGUUUUUGCCACUCUUUCUGUUCCUUCUUCUUCGUCGAGAGAGAGAGAGAGAAUGGCCGACGACCUGUUUGAAGGUCUGCCUCCGCCUUCUUCUGCAAACCCUCUUCCCUCUUGUGAGCCUCAAGAACUGCCCAAAGAACCCAAACCCAAACCAAAGUUUGCUUCUUUCGGCACCGACUCUUCUUCUUCUCAAGCUCCACAACCAGCUCUGAAAAGCGCGUUGAAGAAGCCUAAGGAGCCCUCUGAGCCAAACCCAGUUCUCAAAAGCGCCCUCAAGCGGCCCAAGGAGCCCUCUGAACCAAACCCAGAAGCCACUGUGCCUGGAAAGAAGUUGAGGUUUAAAACCACGACCGAUGCCUCAGAGAAACAGGUUAUAGAGGCCAUGCAGAAGAUAGCUUCACAUAUAAAGAAUCCUACAAAGUUUGGGAAGGCUUCAAAGCUUGCCAUCCAGCUGAUUCAGGCAGGAAGUGUCAAGGCCGAAACCAGUGAUUACUUCUUUUCCAUAUUAGAGGCUGCAAUGACAUCAUCUACCUCUUGCACGGAUCCUUCCAUACGAGCAGAUAUCCAUGCACUCUUCUCAGCAGCACAAGAUGCCUCUGAGUGUCUCAAUAAGAAGCAAAAGAAUCAGUUAACAACAUGGACAAUCAGAGCUGUGAUGGCAAAUGAUUUACUCACUGAUGACAGCUUCCUGUUUUCAAAAACAGCUGGGCAAUUAAAAGAAGAAAUAUCUAAUCUGCCAGUUGCAACUGAGGAUGAUGACAGAGAAGAAGCAGCUGCCCUGGAAGUUGAAACUAAAACAACUGAUGAGGAUGAUCUAAUGAAGAAGGACAUGACUUCGGAUGUACCGGAUGAAGAAAAUAAUGAGAAAGAGUCUGAUCCAUUUGGGCUAGAUGCAUUUUUAACUCAAAGCUCUAUGAAGAAAGGUGAUAAAGUAAAGGGAAAUAAAGAUGUAACUCCCAAAGUCAAGGAGGAGGAAGAGACCAAGAGAUUCCUCAAGUCACAGAGAGAAGCCUUGGUCCUUUGUUUAGAGAUAGCUGCUCGGCGUUAUAAAACUCCAUGGUGCCAGACAGUUAUAGACAUAUUAGCAAAGCAUGCUUUUGAUAACAUAAGGAGGUUCACAUCUGAACAAAGGAAUGCCAUUGGGAAACUUUGGGCUUCCAUACGGGAACAGCAUAAUCGUAGAAAACAAGGGAAAACAGUUACUGGGAAACUUGACGUGAAUGGUUUCGAAUGGCUGCAGCAAAAAUAUGCUAAUGAGAAGAUCAGCAUUCGGCAUUCUGUUGGCGGUAGUGGGGAUCGUAAAACUGAAAUGUGGCUUGGUUGAUAGUAUCCUUUUGGUAGGAAAUAUUGCUCAUUCAGUCACUCUCUUUCUGGUAGGGAUGUUGGUCAUUCUUCUGAAGGAAACAGAAAGCCUAGAAAGGACGAGAAAUAUUGUAAUUGAUAUCGUUAUGUAUCAUUUGCAGUGUAGAAUGUUUCAUCAUUCCUUUUUGUUAUAUGCAACUAUUAUUUUGUAGUUAUGGAUGAAUAUCUAGCCAAAACUUCACCUUUA